GUUCUGGAGAUAGUGAUAGUGAUGAAUUUCCUUCCCCUUCCUUGAUUAUUUCAUUUCACCUGAAUUUAAUUCAGUUUAAAUAUUAUGGCUUGAACUUUACUAUGCUAGAUGUUCCCCAAGUAAGACCAGUCUUGUUGCCUACAAAUAUUACAGAUAAACUUCAUUGCAAUUCAAGAGUGUAUAAAUAUAAAGACCUGAAAGACUGUGAAUUUUUGUGCUGUUUUUUGCUUCUUAACCUCAAAUGUGAAGCAGUACAGAAUUUGUUAUGUCUGUGUGCUUUCUUGGAUCUCAAUUGAAACAGCAGACUAUUUGAGCCUGUAAUAAAGAUAAUUUUUUCUUGAGCUACUGUCAGUUGUUAAAAAAUUGUUGUUUAAGCCUUGCUGAAAACCCACCAUCUUUAAACUUUCACAAAGGCAUCUGACUAAACAGUUUUUCGGUAUUUUAGUUCUUUAUUUUAGCAUCGUGUUUCUUCAGUUGGUCAGUAUUACCAGUUCUUCAGCAACAUAGAGUAGAGCAAGAUCUGAGUUUUGAGCAAUUUAUUAUACAAUUAAAAAAUCUACCUGGGUAGAUUACACCAGUUGGUGUAAUAUAUUAGUGGCAAAAGCACCUAAUACCAGCCAUGUUUUCUGUGUGCCACUUAAGUUGGUUUCAAGGAAAUAAAUUUGCCACCCUUGUAACUCAAAGGUUUUAUUGUUUCUUUUCCCCUAACUGAUACGUAUUAUUGCACACUUAGAGUAUACUCUUAAUAAUAAAUUUGUGAAAGAAAAAUUAGAAGUGUAUAGAGAAGAUAUAUUUCUUUGCUAAGCAGUGAUAGAAGAGUCAUCAGGUUUUCACAAUAGUUCUUAAUAAACUUUGUUUUUCUUUCAGCAGACCUCUUUGAAGUGUAAACAAUGGAGGACGAGGAAAACCAAGUGCAACUCCUGAAUGAAAAGCAGGUGCCGAACUCUGAAAGUGGUUAUGUGUGGCACGUCACCGAUAUGAACCGACUGCAACGUUUCUUGUGUUUUGGUUCAGAAGGUGGUACUUAUUACAUCAAGGAGCAGAAGCUGGGCUUUGAAAAUGCAGCAGCUUUAAUAAGACUGAUUGAAGAGGGUAGAGGUUGUGAAGUUGUUCAAGAAAUAAAGACAUUUAGUCAAGAAGGCAGAGCAGCAAAACAGGAGCCCCUGCUUUUUGCUCUUGCAAUUUGCUCACAGUGUUCUGAUGCGAAAACGAAACAAGCGGCAUUUAAAGCUGUUCCUGAGGUGUGUUGCAUACCAACCCAUCUCUUUACUUUCAUCCAAUUUAAAAAAGAUCUGAAGGAGGGCAUGAAAUGUGGCAUGUGGGGCCGUGCACUGAGGAAAGCUGUUGCAGAUUGGUACAAUGGAAAGAAUGGCAUGGCUGUUGCUUUAGCAGUUACAAAAUACAAACAAAGAAGUGGUUGGUCUCAUAAAGAUCUUCUGAGGUUAUCCCACCUAAAACCUGCCAGUGAAGGAAUUGCUGUUGUCACUAAAUAUAUUACCAAGGGGUGGAAAGAUGUCCAAGAGGCUUAUAAAGACAAAGCAGUUUCUGCUGAGACUGAGAAACUCUUAAAGUAUCUGGAGGCUGUGGAGAAAGUAAAACGCACAAAAGAUGAAUUGGAAGUUACUCAUUUAAUAGAGGAAUAUGGUUUAGUUAGAGAGCAUCUCCUGACAAACCAUUUGAAAUCUAAAGAGGUUUGGAAGGCAUUGCUGAAAGAGAUGUCCAUUUCUGUAUUGUUGAGAAAUUUAGGAAAGCUGACAGCAAAUUCUGUGCUUGAACCACGAGGUUCAGAGGUGGCAAUAGUAUGUGAAAGACUGAGAAAUGAGAAACUGCUAAAAAAGGGUAGAAUACAUCCACUCCAUAUUUUGGUUGCAUUAGAAACCUAUAAAGCUGGACAUGGAAGCAGAGGGAAGCUUUGGUGGCGUCCUGAUGAAGACAUUUUAGAAGCUUUAGAUGCCUCAUUUUACAAAACUUUCAAGACAGUUGAACCAACAGGAAAACGCUUCUUACUUGCAGUUGAUGUCAGUGCAUCAAUGACACAAAAAGUUUUGGGCAGCGUGCUCAAUGCUAGCACAGUUGCAGCAGCAAUGUGUAUGGUUGUAGCACGUACUGAGAAGGAUUCCCAUAUUGUUGCCUUUUCACAUGAAAUGGUCCCGUGUCCAGUGACGGCUGAUAUGACAUUACCUCAAGUAUUAGUGAAAAUGUAUGAAAUUCCUAUGGGUACCACUGAUUGUUCCCUUCCAAUGAUAUGGGCUCAAAAAACUCAAACAGCUGCUGAUGUCUUCAUUGUAUUUACUGAUAACGAGACCUUUGCUGGAAAUAUUCAUCCUGCAACAGCUCUUAGAGAGUACAGAGAGAAAAUGGGUAUUCCUGCCAAACUGAUUGUUUGUGGAAUGACCUCAAAUGGUUUUAUGAUCGCAGAUCCGGAUGACAGAGGCAUGUUGGAUAUAUGUGGCUUUGAUACAGGAGCUUUGGAUGUUAUUCGAAACUUCACUUCGGAUUUGAUUUAAUUUUCUAGGCAUUUGCUCUUCCCAGUGGGUCCAUUGCUGGCAACAGACUUCACCCUGGGAACUCCCAGCCAAAUAUACUUGUAUUAGAAUAUGGCACAUUAUAUACAUAUCAGAAUGUUACCAUUUUGUGAAGGGAAAACAAGAAAAGCAGAUGAGAAUUCUCUUUUGUCUUUU